CUGCUUGCUUCCCUCUCCCUGGAUCCGACUCGCAAGUAAAGCCACUACCACUACCGCUACCACCGUUACCACUACCACCACCAUUACCACUACCACCACCAGCAUCACCACCACCAGCACCAUCACCACCACGCUUUUCAGCGAUGGCUUCACCAGUAACCACUCCUGCCCAGGCACACAUACAUCACCACACGCAGUCGCCAGUACUGGCGCCACCACCGACGCCGAAUACAAUGCUUCAGCAACAGCAGCAACAGCAGCAGCAAUCGCAGCGACGACAGUCGACUGUCACCAACGGUGGGCGUAGCGACAACGGCAACUCGUCCGAAGAAGACCUCAAGCACUCGCGUGAGGCGAACGGCGAUGAAGAUGGGCAGGCGCGCAAGCGACGCAAGAUGGACGGAAUUUCUUCGUGUGAGACGUGCAAACAACGGAAGGUCAAGUGUGACCGGUCCCAGCCGAGUUGCGGAUGGUGCAGUCGCAACGGUCAGGAAUGUAUCUAUCGCCAAAAAAAAAAGCCCGGACUCCGGGCCGGAAUCGGGCGCGAGCUCGAAGAGCGUCUCGAUAGAGUCGAGGCCAUGCUGGUGACGCAUUCGCGACUGCUGGAAUCCCACUUGCACGCUACGCAGCAACAACAACAGCAGCAGCAGCAUCAGCAGAGCAAUCAUAACCACAAUGCCGCAGCAGCGCACCACUUUCCCUCGCCGUCAACGGCGUCUAACCAGUCCCACACACCGCCCGCCCCCCAGCUCCCGUUCCCGCCCACCUCCGACAUCGCGUCGCGCCAGAUGGCGGAUCUGUCCACUUCCCACUCGUUCGACCCUGACUUGCCGACCGAUGACAUCCUGUGCACACUGAUCGAUGCCUUCUUCCACCACGUGCAUCCCACAUGUCCCAUACUUCACAGGCAGACAUUGCUCGAUAGCCUCUUCCAGAGGCGGCCAACCGAGGUCGGCCCCGCAAACGUAAUCUUGAUGCACGCCAUUGUCGCCGCCGCACUGCGGUUCAGCAACGACCCGCGCCUGACGGAGCAAUGGAAGACCAACUUCCGGCAAGUCGCAAAGCGCAAAGUCAUCUUCUUCGCGCUCGAGACUCCAUCCGUCGAGUCGCUGCGUGCCAUCUCGAUCCUGGUGUUGGACGUCGUGGGCUCCACUAACGGGCCGAGCGGAUGGGGGCUCCUCGCCCUCACCACCCGCAUGGCAUUGCACUUGGGGCUGGCACUCGAGCCCGCGAAGGAGGUGCUCCCGCAGAUCAGCACCAUGGGCGUGCGUGCGCUUCCGGAAAGCAGCGAUUGGAUCGAGGAGGAGGGCCGACGGCGACUGUUCUGGGUCAUCUAUCUCCUCGACGUCAUCACGUCCCUAGGCACGUCGCUGGACCUGACCCUGGACGAGACCGAAGUCGAGCGCCAGCUGCCUUGCCGCGACAGCCUGUGGGACCGCAACCAGCCCACGCAGACGCGGUGGUUCCAGAUACCGGCCAAGAAACCGACACAAUCCGUCAACAACGUCGAGUCGCUCUCGGCCUUCAGCCAUCAGAUAGAGGUCGUCGGCAUCCUCGGACGGAUCCACCGAUUCCUGCGCGAGACGGUCGAUAUCAAUGUCCUCUCCGACGUCGAGGCGUGGCAGCUAAAGUACCGCACCCUCGACAAGGCGCUCACGUCGUGGAAAUACUCGCUUCCAAUGUCGUUUGGCAACCUGACGCGCGCUCUCAACAUGGGCGGUGGCGCUGUAGACCCGAGCUGGGUCAUGCUACAUGCAUACUACAAUACCGCAGUAAUCCGUCUUCACUCCGCAGCCGCCUACCCCACCACCCGCUCCUCCAUCUUCGGCCCCAGCUACAGCGCAUCGCAACGCUGCCUAUCAGCCGUCGAAAAUAUCGCGGCCAUCACGCGACUCGUGCUCGCCCAAAACCUGAUCCCGCUUUUAGGGCCGACCUUCCCCUUCGCAGUCUGGGUCGCCACACGGCUCCUCCUCGUCCACGCCUCGACCGCCGAGAGCGGCGAGAUCCCCGAUGUCCGGCUCUUCCUCGACGCCCUGCGCGAAGCAGGCAAAAUAUGGCAGGUCGCGAGCCGGUACGGCGGGAUCAUCGAGCGAGUAUUGGACGAGCUCAUGCUGGGCGGGCACAAGGGCGAGGGCCAGGACCGCAGCUGCGUCGAGAUCCUAAGCGACAUGCGCAUGACGGCGUACUCGGUCGACGUGAUGAUCUCGCGCCAGCCGGAUCCACGCCUCCAGCAGCAGCAGGCCGCUAUGCCACUCGGACUGGAUAUGCACACGCCUGUCGGAAGCGGCGAUAUGCAGGGCGACCUCGUCGAUGUGUUUUCGUGGUUCAACUUCCCGAGGGUGUCGGGUGAUGCCCCCAUAGGUCGUGAGGGCGUCGGACAGUGGGUCGGUCCGCAAGCCGGGGAAGAGGCGGAUUGGCUGUUUCAGGUUGUUUGAUUUUGUGUUUUUUCCUUUUGUGUUAUCUGUUUGUUCACGGUGGCCGUUGUGCUUUGCUUUGCUUUGCUUUGGGAGUUGGAUC